AGAACAGAGGGGGUGGAGAUGAAGGGUAGGGAAGCCAGUGAUGUGUAGUGGAGGGAAAAUAUGAAUGAAACGAUUUUAUUUUUUCCAAAAUACGGUGGUUUGAAUAUUUGGGGUUAUACAUAUACCGCGUGCGUUGGGCGGGAACUGUGACGAACACAUUUUUGUGGAGAUGCCCUUUUGCUCUUCUUCGUGCUGUCAAAGGUGAAGCGUCAGCCAUUUUUGUUUUAAAAUUUUUUUCCCGUUUUAAGUGUCUCGAGAGGACUAAGCGUUUUGUUUUGUUAUUUUUUACGAUCCGUCUUUCGUGGACAACCGCUCCCAAAAUAACAGAGAGAAGAGACGCUGCGCCAGGCCCCCCCUUGCCACGGCCUGAAGACUGGACCGACCUGGACAGGAGAACCAUUUACUGUUGCGCGGGUGCUGCUGACUUGGAACGACACGUGACCCUGAAAAUCACCGCUGCCCCAACGCUGCAGAGCUCCAGGGCCCCGGCUAAGUCUAGCACAGAAACUAUUCUGGAUUUUUCCCCUAAACUUCCUGGGCAAUGAAGGGUAGCAGACUACAGCUGGGUCUAAUAACUGCACAGUAAGGCUGAAGGGCCCAUCACCUUAAUGAAGAAAACUGCCUCAUAUGCAGAGGAGAAGGCCUGAAGCCUUAGUCACCGUUCCUCUUUUUAUUCGGAAGGAUCCAGGAAGCUAGAGCUUCACGGGACAGCUCCCGCUGGAUUGGGAGGGGCAGGCGGGGUUUCACAUGCAGAGCCAAAGUCGGGUUACGAGUCGCUCGUGCCCUUAAAACACCUUGAACACCUUUCGAAAGGUUAAAAACAAAGCUGACCUAACACUGUCUGGGGCUCUGCCUGAAAUAAUAUCACACCACUCUGAAGAAAUGAGUGCUGAGCCUGAAGAAGCUGAUUGGUUGAUUGGUGGGGAUCGUUUUGUUAUUCCAGUCACUAUUAUAUUCGCUAGUGAUGAUGAUGAUGGUGAAGAGGCUGAUGGCAAUGAAGACAAAAACUUUCCCUCUAUCAAAAAGGAAGGAAGAGGCCGACAUACAAAUACAAAAGAGACGCGUGGAAAGUCCAGCGAGGACACGCAGGACCCUGGUGAUGGAGGCACCGGCGUUGCCAGGGCGACGCGUGAAGACGUCAAAGACCCUCGGCUGAGCGGCGGCGGCGACAAGUCGCGUGGGAAGACCUCGUCUCAGCCACCUCCCGGGUGUGGCCGGAGGCUGUAUCCUAGCAACCGGUCAGGGUGCGCAGACGAGGGCGGCGGCCGCACCAAGCUCCACCCCUUCGCCAAAACCUCGCACGUGAAACCCGACAGCCGCUCCGUCAAAUCGGACCCGGGCGUGACCAACAGGCGGGGGCGGGGGUGGGGGCGGGGCAGCCCCGCCCGAGGGGGGCAGGAGUUCACCUGCGAGGAGUGCGGCUACUCCACCAACAGCUCAUACAACCUGGCCUGCCACGCCCGCACGCACACCGGGGAGCGGCCCUACGCCUGCGCCGGGUGCGGCCUCCACUUCCGAACCCGCAGCAGCCUCAACCGCCACGCCCAGGCGCAGGUCUGCCUGAGGCCAGCGGGGGGCGCCAGACGCCCCGCCCCCGGGCCCAAAGCCGAGCUGCGGGCGUUGGAGUGCGCGGACUGCGGCUACUCCACCCCGAACGCCUACAACCUGAAGGUGCACCGGCGUCUGCACUCGGACGAGCGGCCCUACAGGUGCGGCAGCUGCGACUCCACCUUCCGCACGCAGAGCCACCUGUACCGCCAUGAGCGCUGCCACCGGCAGCAGGUGGGCUGACCCGCCCGGGCGUGGCGUCCUCGUACCUGCGCCGGCACGCCCUGCUGACCUGUGAGCAGGAGCAGAGCAGAGACGGCACCGCUGGCUGCUCCUGUUUUUACAGCUGCUCUGUGUGUUCCACAGCCACUCUUUGAGUUCUACAGCCACUCUGUGUUCUACAGCUGCUCUGUGUGUUCUACAGCCACUCUAUGUGUUCCACAGCCACCCUGAGUGGUUGUAGAACACACAGAGUGGCAGUGGAACAAUGUGGCAGUGGAACGCAUAGAGCUGCUGUGGAUCAUAUAGAGCAGCUGUGGAUCAUAUAGAGCGGCUGUGGAUCAUAUAGAGCAGCUGUGGAUCAUAUAGAGCAGCUGUGGAUCAUAUAGAGCGGCUGUGGAUCAUAUAGAGCGGCUGUGGAUCAUAUAGAGAGGCAGUGGAUCAUAUAGAGAGGCAGUGGAUCAUAUAGAGCAGCUGUGGAUCAUGUAGAGUGGCAGUGGAACACAAGCUGCAGUCCUGGAGGGCCACAGACUCUGCUUUUUGUUUUGUAAGGCUGCCAGUUUGAACCGUGGAAACAAGGCGUGCAGAUUCAUCAGCCAAUCAACGACUUAAAUUUAGAACUUAAGUCCCGGAACACUUCAAAAACCAGCGGACCCAGCUGGGCCUCCUGGAUACGAGUUAAAAUUAUUUUAUCAGUGCAAUUUUUCGAUUUUUUGAGUUUUCUCUAAUGCUGUUACGAAAAUGCUCCAGUAGCCUGAAAUGAAAGUUUGCGUGAAGAGUGCAGUUCAGUCCCCUUCCCUUAAUCUAGGAUGUUGGCUCUUAUAAUUUUUUUGAAAUGAUCAAAUCCUUCCACAAAGUCUGACAAGUGUUUCUGUUGUGUAUGUGUGUGUUAAAAUUGGAGCCCCUCUCCCAGUUCAGUAUAGCACCUCCUUGGACCCAAAGGUCAAUCUUAACACUCCUCUGUGAAUUGAGUUAAUGUGUGCAGGUAUGACAGCCAAUUAAAAUGAAGAGAAUGACCA